AUCAAUAAUACAGUAUUUUGAACAUGGUAUCAGAGCAGGUUUAGAACCUGAUAUUUUCGCUUCCCCGGCGGGCGGCAACCUCACCUUAGCUGCCCGCCGGACCUCAACCUAGUCCGCUAAGAUUUUUCUUACACAUACCUUGAUCACUCUGCAUGUGCUUCCUCCCCAGCUGCUGUCCAAGCACAAAACUCUUCUCUCCUCUCUCUCUUUUUUGCUUCAGAUCCUCUGAACAACAACAACAAUCGUACAACCAGGGUUUCGGACAAGAAAAAGAUCUUGUAACUAAAUUCCAAUGGCUACUAGUAUAGCUACUGGAAGCGGCAAAUUACAUUUCAAAAAGAUCUGCGGGGGACAAGGUCGCAGACAAACUUAUUGUGUCUCUGCUUUUGCCUUUCAGCGAUCCAUACAGAAGGACCUCUCAAGGUCAUGUGGAGUGUCCAAGUUCUUGCAACUCCAGAGAUGUAACCUCUCCCGCUCUCCAAUCGAAGAGAAUUCAAAACCCCUCAGAACAGUCACUACAUCGUGCUUGAGAGAUGGUUCUACAAAGUAUUUUGAUUUUGCUGUGAUUGGUAGUGGAGUUGCUGGCCUUCGCUAUGCUCUUGAAGUUGCAAAACAUGGAACUGUUGCGGUGAUAACCAAGGCUGAGCCUCAUGAAAGCAACACAAACUAUGCCCAGGGUGGUGUAAGUGCUGUGUUGUGCCCUUCAGAUUCAGUGGAGAAUCACAUGCGGGAUACAAUU